AUGCCGGAGACAACCGAUUUGAGCAACUCUUCCUAUGGAGAGUUUGCUUACAACUGCGAGGAGGCAAAGCUCGACGUGGAUAUAAAAAACGGAGGCAGAGUUUCCGUUUUAUCCAGCGAUAGCUUGCCAAUUUUCAAGCACGUCGGUCUUGGUGCUGAGCUCGUCAAGCUGGAUCCGGUUAAACACUUGUGCAUGGAGAGUAAGACAAUAGCAUGGGUUUUGAGGCACGGUGCUGUCAAAAUGGAUUUGAAGAUUCGGAGCAACGGAUAUUGCAGUAUCAAAGAUUUGCUAGAGAUGGACGUGAAAACUGGCGGUGGAAUCCCCCUAUCUUCAUUCACAGUAGCCGACAUGAUGAGCAUGGUAGCCUGCGAUCCAAAGCAAAGAUUCUCAACUAUCGAGAAGGAGGACGGCCAACUUUACAUUAGGGCUAACCAAGGUCAUACCAUGGAUGCUGUGCAAACAGCAGAGCUGCUAAGGGAGAUCAAAUCCGCUGAUGAAGUGCCUAUGUGCGUCCAUGGCACCUUUCGAAACAACUUUAGAGGGAUUCGCAAAACAGGUCUCAAGCGAAUGAAGAGGAACCAUGUACAUUUCGCGACUGGUUUGCCUCAAGACGGUGUGAUAAGUGGGAUGAAGAGCAAAUGUGAGGUGCUCAUAUACUUGGAUUUGGCCAAAGCUAUGAAGGAUGGCAUGAAGUUUUUCAUGUCCGAAAACGGGGUUGUGCUCACUGAAGGCUUCGACGGUGUAGUUCCUCGCGAGUACUUUGAGAAAAUCGUGUACGUCACAAAGGAAGAAUAG